AUGGUACAAAUUUAUCCUGGACUACAACGCUUAGUUUUUGAAAAUCUUUUAAAUGCUGAUAAACUACGCAGUAUCAUUUCAUCCAAUAAAUUGCCAGUUGAAAUUAGUCAACACUUAGGAUUAGUUGCGCAUAAUUCAAAUUCGAUGCAGCAACAAGUAUUUAGUCAAAGUGCUUCACUGUUGAACUCCAAUUACCAAUCCGACCAUGUGACUAAUAUUCACCAUUUUCAUGGUAUUAAUUUUAAUUAUGCGGGCAAUUAUCAAGGAAACGAAAUUGUCUCAUUGAAUAGUCCAAAUUUACAAACAUCGCCUAUGCAUCAAAUUACUCGUGGUAUAAGUGUAUUAACAACUAGUUGUUCAGCAAAUGAACCGCUUGAUCUCACAAUGGAUUCAUCAACUGUAACUGAAAUGGAUACUCAAUGGAGUGGAAAUUUCUACGACAUACGACCGAUAAAUUUAUCAGCCACAGCUAGUACACAGCCGCAGAGUCAGCAAACGCCACAACGUAUAAUAGCACCUACACCUCCGACAUCACCUAGCAACAAUUUGUGCAUUAUACAAGAAGAACUUUUACCAGCCCAAUAUUCCUUGUCACACGUUGAUGUUACAGCACAACAUCUUCACCAUCCUCAGAUUUCGUUGACAGAUGUUCAAGGAAGUGAGAUCACCCUUGUUGCUUUAUCCGACUCAUCUCGUGAUUCUGAUGAUUCAUUGGAUACGAACAAUAGUAAUGAUACUUCAAGAAGAACAGCAAGCACAGUAACAACUCCCGGCACUACUUCGAAUUCCCGUGGGAUUUCAAUAUUUCAUGAGUUCUUAAUAAAGGAACCCUCUGAAGACAUGCCAUCAAUAACUCGGGGCGUUGGGAGGAAGGCAAGCUUGGAGAAUGAAACAAAUAAGCAAAUGUCUUGUUCGAUACCUUCAUCUGUGAAAGGCGAUAAUGAUCAUUACGUUAGACGGGGAAGUGAUAAAUCGCUAGGUUUUAGUGACGAUUCCCUUAGUAAUGAUUCAAACCAAUCUCCGGCACAAGAAGUUUCUCAUUCGAGUGGCUUUAAAAAGUUGAAAAUUUGCGAGCGACAAAUUGGAAAUGAAAAAGCAGGUUCGUCUUCCAUGGAUCAACAAAGUGUAGGUAGCAAAGGAAUAAUAAAGCUUCGAAGGAUUUCUGGUGACCAAAAUGAAUAUGGAAAGCUUUGUCAACAAUUAUUAACGCAACUUACUGUUUAA